ACAGGAACUGAUACGUUUUGUCUUUCUGGCCUAGUCCAGGAGUGAUCAGUGAGUAUCUGGGGCAUGGAGGGAAUGCACUCAUAGGUCGUUUUGCUUGUAUCUGACUCACCCCUGACUCUCCAGUGGAGCAGAAAGGAGGAAACAUCAUACCAGCCAGGUGUGGCCAGACUUUGAUCAUUAUUGUGAAUCCCCAAGAGUUAUCACAGUCCCCUCGCGAAUACACAUUUGAUCUGUGGUCAACUAAAACUUUUGGUUCACGCCUAGGAACAUCCUAAAGAAAGCUGUCGAAGAGGAGACACGAUGAGGAGGGAAGAAGAAGAGGAGGAGGGAGCCAGGAUGAAGGCAAAAGGGGACUUAGAGAUGAAGGAGGAGGAAGAGAUCGGUGAGAUGGAAGAACCGGUCAGCCCUUUUGCGAGUGCCAUGACCACCCCAACGCCCCACAACAAGAGGACACGGUUUUCGGAGGCAUGGGAGUACUUCCACUUGGCCCCUGCCCGUGCCGGGCACCACCCCAACCAAUAUGCCACCUGUCGCCUGUGUGGCAGACAGGUGAGCCGUGGUCCUGGGGUCAACGUGGGCACCACAGCCCUGUGGAAGCAUCUGAAGAGCAUGCACAGAGAGGAGCUGGAGAAGAGCAGCCACGCUCAGGCAGGCCAGCGCCAAGACCCCAGGCCCCAUGGGCCCCAGCUCCCCACAGGCGUUGAGGGCGACUGGGGCAGGCUCCUGGAGCAGGCAGGAGCCCUAGCUCUCUGGGCCAGCCAAAGGGAAAAGGAGGUGCUCCAGAGGGAGAGGGCAGUGGAAUGGCGGGAGAGGGCUGUGGAAAGGAGAGAGCGGGCCCUGGAAGAGGUGGAAAGAGCCAUCCUGGAGAUGAAGUGGAAGAUAAGGGCUGCGAAGGAGGCUUGCCAGCAGGAUAAAGAGCUGCCCACAGAGGUGCAUCCCUUCCAUUUUGUUUAA